AUGUUAUUGACGAUUAGUAUCCCUUCUUAUGCUAUAAAAGAUGGAGGAGAGGUUUAUAUAUUUAACUACCCAGAAGAGGCUUCUUAUUUAGGUCAUCUUGCUUGGGGUUUUAUGACUGAUGAUGGUAAAUAUACUUAUGGAGCGCGUGAUGGUAAACCCUCUGAAAUGACUGACAAUCCAAACGGCUUCUGGUUUCGUUCUGGGAGUUUUGAUGACAUGAUUAAUACAUUCACACAUUUACAAUAUAAAUCUUACAUCAAAACUAUUAUCCCAAUUCCUAAAGUUGAUGAUGCAAUCCAAAAAACAAAAGAUCUUCAAACAGUUCCUUACGAUUUUUCAACAACCAAUUGUUUGGAUGCCACUUACCAAAUUGUGUGGGCAUAUGGUGCAGACGUACUUCCAAUAGCCGAGUCAGCUAAUGUUUGGUAUGGUAAUAUGACAUCACAUUGGGGUGUAUCGACUAUCGGAUUGUAA